GGGAGGCUGCCGGGAGGACCGAGCCUGGAGAAGCGGGAGGCGGCCAAGGUCACCGAAGCCAGGACAAAGGACACGUAGGGGACGAGGCCCGCGGAAACAGCGCCAGGCGACUUCCGGCCGUCACGCCCGGACUCCCGCCCCCCGGAGGACAAAGCUGCGGCGGGCGCGCGGCCCCGGCCCCGCCCUCGGCGCGCGGCCCGCGCCCACACGGGAGCGCGCACGACGGUUGGAAAUGGCGGUUAGGGGGAGGCGGGGCCGGGGGGACCAGGUUCCUCGGCUCUCCCCGUCUCAGGCCACCCCGCCUGCGAGAGCGGAGCCGGUGACGCUCCCCUAGGCUGCCUCCUCUCGCGACCCGCUCCUGAUGGCCGGUGGCGGGGCUGGAGAAACAGUGGGUCGGGUCCCACGGAACAAAAGAGGGGGCAACCGCGGGCUUGGGCGCAGCCACAGGAACGCUCCCUAAGAUGGCGGCCGCCGCGCGGGAGGGGGGCGGAGCCAGCGCUGCUUCCGUCGCGGGCCGGGCCGGGGCGGGGCCGGGCCGGGCCGGGCCGGGCGGACGACUGGCCCCCAUGGCUGCCGCGCCAGAGCCGCACGAGCCGGAGAAAAAGCCCUUUAAGCUCCUGGGCAUUUUAGAUGUUGAGAAUAUUCCAUGUGCACGAGAAUCUGUGCUAUAUGGCUCAUUAGGGUCUGUUGUGGCUGGACUCGGACACUUCUUGGUGACCAGUAGAAUUAGAAGAUCAUGUGAUGUUGGCGUAGGAGGCUUUAUCCUGGUGACUUUAGGAUGCUGGUGCCAUUGUAGGUAUAAUUUUGCUAAGCAAAGAAUACAGGAAAGAAUUGCCAGAGAAGGAAUUAAAAAUAAGAUUUUAUAUGAAAGCACCCACCUUGAUCCUGAAAGAAAAAUCAAGAGUAACAGCAGCUGAACAAUCUUGAGCUUUAACCCAAGCAGAACUACUCCUUGGUAAUCAACCACAAAUGAAUGCUGUACAAUAAUUUAAAAAAAAAAAAAAAAAAAAAAAGCUCUCAAUAAAGUUUCUGGACUGUAUGUCUUACACAAAAACCUUUCGUUCUUUACUGCCAGUACAGUAUGUUUAUUAUACAUCAUAAAACCGCCAUGCCAAAAACCAUGGAGUAAAGCCUUUCUGAAUCAGCUUAAUUAUCUGUGGAUGCAAUAAAGCAAGUCGGACAGAAGGAGAAAUUAUACCUGAACAAGGAUAUAUCCACUAUUGGUCCUAUGACUGUGUGUCAAAGGAAGAAUGCCUGAAACUAUUUUCUCCAUCUGUCCUUCAACAGAAAAGACUGCUUUCACCAUGAAGGCCAGAGUGUAGAGACCUGUGUAACUAAGUUUUCACCCGGCAGCAACCUAAGGAUUUAGCCAUUGAUAAAGAUGAAGUUUGCAGUAUUUGUCAAUGGCUGUGGACUGUGUAGUUAUGCUGUCAGAUUAAACUUACUGACAAUGAAUUGAUCUGUGUUCCUUCUAGCUUUAUACUGCAAAUUGUAUCUUACCGUGAAAGAGAAACUCUUGGCUGGUAACAUCUUCACUACUUACAAAGUUCAUUUUCGCAGCAGUGCAACUGGAUAAAAAGAGUCACAAAGCAUUUAGUUUCCUUGACUUGCCCAGAACAUACCAUUAUAUAUAUGUAUAUUAUACAUACACACACGCACACACUUUAUCUUAUACUUUGACAGUUUCACCGUAGCCCAGGCUACCUCUGUAUCCCAGGUGCCAACUACUAAUGUUCCACAAAUCCAACCUAUCAUCCCAUCCAAACAGUAUGACAGCUGAAUAACACAAUCUCUUUGCUUGUCAGAAAUCUUUGCUAACUUUUUUCAUUUUCCUUGGAAUGUCUGGAUGUGUCUCCUGUACUAGGUGACACUUUUCAUUUGUCAGGCCUGACAACUUGAGUUCCACUGCUAUGUAUUUACUAAGUAAAAAAAGGCAAGACAGCAUGCCCACCCCAACCCCAACUUUCACACUGAAAAUUUUAAACUCUACCUACCUUCUAUGCCCUCUGUGUACACUGCUUCCUUCAUUGUUCCGAUAAUCCCGAAAUUUCAUACUAGGUGAUAUAGCAGUAGGUACCAGCUAAAUAGCUGAUUAAAAUAGAAUUGUAGUGUUAGUAGUUUUGAAGUUUCAGAGUAGCUUUUCUACCACUCCUAGGCUGUAUUCCUUUUCCCCCUUCCCUCAAACCCUCCCCUUUGUUUUUCCAUCUCAGUAAAAGGACCUUGGGGAAUUUAACAGGAACAGCUUUUUUCUGGACUUGUGACUUACUGACUGAAUUUGGCAACAAUAAAUCUCAACUAUGCUAAAACCAGUA